AUGGCGGCGCAGUCCUUCUUGCGGCGCGUCUCCACGGCUGGCGCAUCGCGCAGAGUAACAAGUCUUGCGAGCAUUCGCACAACCCCCUCCUCGCGGCCCGCGUAUGCAUCAUUCUUGCACCAGCGUGCGGCCAGCACUCAGGCUAACUUCGAAGACGUCCUCGCCGAAGCAGGGACGGCCGCUCCCCGACAUCCGGUUCCAACCACUCAAACCACGCCCGUUCAAACCGCUUCUAAUCCUUCUGCGAGCCCUUUCCCGAUGGACGAGCCUCCGACGUCACUGGAGGGAGAAACGGACUGGUCGAAGAGUUACCAGGGUCUGAGCCAGGAGGCGUUCUCUAAAGAGGUUGCAGACGUACUGCUCGCCCCGAUCGAUCCGUUGGACGUUGAAUGCAAGCCUGAUGGCCUCAUUUACCUCCCGGAGAUCAAAUACCGACGUAUUCUAAACAAGGCAUUCGGGCCUGGUGGCUGGGGACUCGCUCCCCGAAGCCCCACGAAUGUUAGCCAGAAGAUUGUUAGCCGAGAGUAUGCUCUGGUUUGCUUGGGCAGACUGGUGGCUGUUGCUCGUGGUGAACAGGAAUAUUUUGACCCUAACGGGAUUCCGACGGCAACGGAAGCUGCCAAGUCUAAUGCUCUUAUGCGGUGUUGUAAAGAUCUCGGUAUAGCUAGCGAACUCUGGGACCCUCGAUUCAUUCGAGAAUUCAAAGCGAAGCAUUGUGUCGAAGUCUUCGCCGAACAUGUCCCAACCAAGAAGAAGAAGAAGCUGUGGAGGCGCAGGGAUCAGCCGAAGUUUGAUUACCCUUGGAAAGAGUAGAUUCGUGGGCAUCCAUCAGUACUCUUCGUCCACUCUAGAGCGGAGUCAUGUGGGUCUUGUACGUUACAGCUUCCAUUAAUCGCAUUCAUCGCUGCC